AUCCUUCGCGCCUUCCUUGCCUGCGCGGCCCCCGCUUCUUCUUCCUCCUCCUCCUCUGGUUGCCCGGAUAGCGCUGCGCGGGCCCGGCCGCCUUCUCUGCCCACCGGACCCCGAGGUUGGCUGACCUAACCCCACUGGGCAUGGGGGUCGGGAGCCAUCGCCUUGGCGUCGCAGGGAGUGCUUUCCCUUCUCCGGGCUGAGGUGCCCCCAAGGCUCUGGUGUCUGGACCUUGGACAUAGGCGGGAAUGCCGGUUGAUUGCCGUGAGCAGGAGGUUGGACGGCAGCCCCGUUGAAACAAGGGGUUAGGGACAGGCCGCAGGCUGGAGUAGGCGGGCCUGGAGGUUGGGGUGCGUACAGGAUGCACAGAAGUUGGACGCCGUGUGAAUUUCUGAAUGCUGGCCCUAGAGCGUGAUGUCUUGGGUUCUGCCCUUGCACCAGGAGCCGACAUGUUGGUCAUACCUCCCGGACUGAGCGAGGAGGAAGAGGCACUGCAGAAGAAAUUCAGCAAACUCAAGAAAAAGAAAAAGGCCUUGCUGGCUCUGAAGAAGCAAAGCAGCAGUGGCACAGCAAGCCAGGGCGGAGUCAAGCGCUCACUAUCCGAGCAGCCUGUGGUGGACACUGCCACAGCAACAGAACAGGCCAAACAGCUGGUGAAGUCAGGAGCCAUCAGUGCCAUCAAGGCUGAAACCAAGAACUCAGGUUUCAAACGUUCUCGAACCCUCGAGGGGAAACUGAAGGACCCUGAGAAGGGGCCCGUCCCCACCUUCCAGCCGUUCCAGAGGAGCACAUCUGCUGACGAGGACCCGCAGGAGUCAUCCAGACGUCCACAGAGGAAAUCUCUGUAUGAAAGCUUUGUGUCUUCUAGUGAUCGGCUUCGGGAACUGGGACCAGAUGGAGAAGAGGCAGAGGGCCCCGGGACUGGUGACGGCCCCCCUCGAGGCUUCGACUGGAGCUACGAGGAACACGGUGGUGCCCGCUCCUCAGCCUCCCCGCCCCAGAGCCGCAGCCGCAGCCGGGACCGAAGUCAUGAAAGUAACCGAGAUCGGGACCGAGACAGAGAUCGUGACAGGGACAAAGAUCGGGACCGAGACAGAGAACGGGACCGGGACAGGGACAAAGAUCGGGAACGAGACAGAGACCGGGACCGCGACAGGGACAAAGAUCGGGAACGAGACAGAGAACGGGACCGGGAGCGAGACCGGGAGGGCCCUUUCCGCAGGUCAGACUCAUUCCCCGAGAGGAGGGCCCCUCGGAAGGGGAACACACUGUACGUGUACGGAGAGGACAUGACACCCGCCCUUCUCCGAGGGGCCUUCGCUCCCUUUGGAAACAUCAUCGACCUCUCCAUGGACCCACCCAGAAACUGUGCCUUUGUCACCUAUGAAAAGAUAGAGUCUGCAGAUCAGGCCGUCGCUGAGCUCAACGGGACCCAGGUGGAAUCCGUGCAGCUCAAAGUCAACAUAGCCCGAAAACAGCCCAUGCUGGACGUCGCUAUUGGCAACUCUGUGUGGGGCUCCCUCGCUGUCCAGAACAGCCCUACGGGUUGUCACCGGGACAAGAGGACCCAGAUUGUAUACAGUGACGAUCUGUAGGAAAGACACGAAGCUGGAUUCCUUGUGCCUCACACGCCCCCCAAGCUGGUCUCAGUAAAAUCCUGGGGUAGACGCUC